GCAACAAUGGCACUGUCCUCAACCGGCCUGCGUCACCAUGACUGGUGCGCGUGCUUUGGUCGAGCUGGUUACUCCAUUGGCUGGGUGGGACAUCAAUCAUAUCACCACUCCGGCGAAUUCACUUCCGGGGCAGGUUCACUUCCGCUCGGGGGCUGAAGACCCAAUGAGGAGAUGAAGGAUUGCACUAUACUCCACCAGAGGAUACAGAGAGGAUAGACACUGGGAAUAAAUCUUGACCAUCAACCAAGGAGCAACUGCACAAUUGUGGGAAGACAUCCAGUCCCUUCACAGCAUUGCUCAACACAGAAGGUUGGGCAGUGAAACUAUCAUCUGGAAAUUGGUCGGGUCAGGGGAGCUUUGACAUAUCGGAUCUGAAACUGGUCAGUGGUGUGCAGCCUUCCAUCAGAACUAACCUUUCUGAAAGUUCGGCUGUGGGCGAUUGGUCAGGGUGAGGCUGGGAAGAAGGGUGAGUGGCUUCUGAGUGGUGAGCGCUGCAUUCACUCAUCAAGCCGUGGGAGUCACUGACUCAUUUCUAUUCAAAUGUGAGGCUUGUGCGGAGGGUUAGAGUCCUGACCCCACCAAUCACGCAAGGUGCUUCAGUUGUGCCACUGCGAACACAGGGACAGCCACAUGGAAGAGAAACCAUUCAACUGUGAGGUUUGUACUGAAACUAUAGUGAUGUCCCCGAGACAGAUGAUGCACACCUGGGAAAAAUCCUUCAGUUGUGAUGUUUCUGAAAUGCCUUUCACUCAAUCCUCCCAUCUUCUGUCCUACCCAAAGAUUCAGACAGGGGAGAAAUCAGUGACGUGCAAGGCAUACAAUAGCUCGUUCUCACAGUUAUCGACCCUCCUCAAUCAACAAGACUCUCACACCAGGGAGAAACCAUUCACAUGUGAGGUAUGCCACAAAUCUUUUGCACAGUCUUCAACCCUCCGUGUGCACCAUCGCAUUCACACAGGGGAGAAGCCAUUCACAUGUAACGUGUGCAACAAAUCGUUCUCGCAGUCAUCAAAUCUCCGUGCGCACCAACGCAUUCACACUGGGAAGAAGCCGUAUACGUGUGAGGUUUGUGACACGUCAUUCUCUUACCCAUCAAACCUUCGCAAACACCAAUACCGUCACACUGGGCAGAAACCAUUCAAGUGUGAGGUGUGUGACCAGGCCUUCACGCUCUCUGCGACGCUCAUGACUCACCAGCGCAUCCACACUGGCGACAAGCCAUUCAAGUGCGAGGUAUGCAACAAGUCAUUCUCUCAGUCAUGGCCGCUGCUUGUGCACCAGCGCAUUCACACUGGGGAGAAACCGUUCACGUGUGAGGUGUGUGACAAAUCGUUCACGCGGUCAUCGACCCUCCUGCAACACCGGCGCAUCCACACCGGGGAGAAACCUUUCGUCUGCGAGGUAUGCGAUAAAUCGUUCUUACGCUCAUCGACCCUCCUCGAGCACCAGCGCAUUCACACGGGGGAGAACCCCUUCACCUGUGAGGUGUGCGAGAAGUCAUUCUCACGGUCGUGGACCCUACUCCUCCACCAACGCAUCCACACUGGGGAGAAGCCGUUCACGUGCGAGGUGUGCGACAAAUCCUUCUCUGACUCUUCAAACCUGCGGAAACACCAGCGCAUUCACGCAGGGGAGAAACAGUUAACAUACGAGGUGUGCAACAAAUCAUUCUCUGAGUCACCGUACUUACUGGUCUCACAUGACAUCCAGACAGGGGAGUAACCCUUCAAAUGAGAGGUUUCUGCUGAGGCUUUUGUGACCUCUUCAAUUCUCUUGGGACUCCUUGAGUAUUCAAACAGGGAAGGAGCUCUUCAGCCAUGAUGUUUGCAACAAAACUUUCAGCCACUCCUCUGACAUCCUAAAGCACCAGCAGAUACAACUGGUGAGAAACCAUGGCCUCUCCCACAGGAGAGACCCAUUCAGUGCGAAUUCAGUAAUACUGCCUUUAAUUGGUUCUCAGCUAACAUGGCACACCAGGCGAAGUCGUUCAGGAGGUACACUCCUGUUGAUGUGAGGUCAACCGCACACCAAUUUCUCCACACAGACUUGGAGCUGAGUCACCUGCUUCUGUUGCACUGAGAGUUGUCUGUGUUGUUUACCCUCCUGUGCUGUCACAGGGGACCUGUAUUUCCAAAGCAUCAUCUGCCUCAGCAGGGUCUGUCUCAAAUAUCUCCCACCAUCAUCCAUUCAUUUCAAAAAGGUCAAAUUUAACCUUUUGACUGGAUCACCAAAUGAAGACAUCAAUAUGUACAGAAGGUCCUGUAUAAAUUCAGCGUCCUUUCAGUGCUGUGUCAGGUACAAGGCACUCACUGACUCUCUCUCCCUGACCAAGAAGACAAUCAGAUGCACAGUGGUUAAAAAGAUUUCAGCUUCUGAUUGACCAGUAUGAACUCUGAGAUGAGCAAUUCCUGGGAUAGUAAUGGAAAUACCUCAAUUACCUUUAGUGCCUCUGGCCUAUGCAGGGGGAGAAUGAGCAAGGAAUACCGUUCCUCAUCAGUCAGUCCAGCUGGGAAGUCGGGUAGGGCAGGAUGUGGUUCAACUGUGACAGUCUCCAUUGUCUCACAUCAUUUUACUAUCUGGCUGGCCAUGUGCCAAAUGGCUUCUCAAACCAAGCAGUAGAAGUCACUCAAUGUUCAAGUCAGUAUCUUGUGGAUUGGAGUGAAUGGGAAAGAGGACAUCAACCCCCUACAAAAAUGUGCAUUUAUACAGCACCAAUACAGCAAGACAUCCUGAAGUGUUUAAUGCAGUUACAAUCAUAUAGAAAUUGACACCAAAACAAAGGAGAUAUGAUGGGGGAUAGCACUGCAUCCCUGAGGAUUUCGUCAACCACGAUAUGUGGGUAAUUCAGGAGGAUGUGUGUCAACAUUUUCCAUGCUAUGGCAAGAUGGAAACAUCUCAGUUGUUUGCACAGCCUAAUUUAUCUCUUGAACAGCUACAGUUAUGACAUUCCUGAAGCCAAGGGAAACUUAUUUACCCUGAAAAUCCAUGGGACGAGGGAAUGGACUCUUCACUUGAGCAAACGUCUGCCAGCUUAGAAGAACUCCGCUGGAAUACCAUUGUGACUGCAGGCUUUGUUUUUCGUCUGAUUGCCGGGAUUGGGAUAGACUGGAGGGUAUUUGUUCCCCUUCUCGGUUGUGGUGUUGUGUAUAGAUUGAUCUUAAUGAUAGAGAGGCACUUCAGAAUUAUUCAAAAUGGCAGCAAUUUGUCUAUCAUACUUUCAGCCUCAACAGCUUAGAGAUAAGGCAGGGCAAUAGCAUGGAAAGAAAGAAUAAAAGGAAGCAAUUCCUGCUCGCUCUCUCCUACAAUCCCUUUGGAAAUUGUACCCCUUGUUUCCAAAGAUCUGUGGGUCAGGAAUUGGCCUGGUCAGCCCCAUAAAGAUCAAUAGCAGAAACACCCAACUCUGAACAGGCAUCAUCUAUGAAUGAGGGAGAGAUGAGUUGGGGAUUGUAGUGGUUCUAAAGGUUUAGUUUAAAAGAUAUAUAAGGUGGGAGUAUAGAGAAAAUGUAGAGUUUUGAGGGGGGAGUUCCUGAGCUUGGAAUCUAGACGCCGAAGACCUGGCCAUCAUGAUGACCUGAAGGAAGUGGGGCAGAUAUACUAAAGGCCUGAACUGCAGAGUUCUGAGAGAGGUGGGGCUGGGGUUGGCAGAGAGAGGGAGUGAGGCCAGGGAACAAUUUGUGUUUGAACAUGAGAAUUUUAUAAUUGGAGGUACUGGGGAAGUACGGACUAAUGUAGGUCAGUGAGCACAGCAGUGAUAUCUGAGAGUUAGGAUAGAGAGUGCAGGGUGUGUGAAGUUUCUGGUGUGAGAAGAUGGGAAGCUGGAUAGGAGAGCAUCAGUACCAUGGACAAGGAUUACACCAGGGAUGAACUAUAGCCAGGAGGGAGGGUGUUGAAAUGGGUAAUUUACUUAAACUCAAAUUCCACGACUCUGCACUGAUUGAAUACCUAUUUCUUCACUUGCGACCUUAAUCACUUAAUCAGUAGGAAACAGUGCAGUGAUGUAACUCAGGAAAGGUUUGUUAACUUACAGGAAUAAUACUUAAGUCUACGUAGCAAAUCUAUUGACUUAUCAUGGUUCUUGCUUCCAUAUUCAACCUAAGGUGCAGGUGACACUUAGGCUUUCUUAAUUUCGUCGCUGCUGUUGUCUUCAGCUUCUGGCUUGGACAACAGAUUGUGGUCUUCAGUUUCAAGCUUGACAUGUGCUUUGACCUUUGAAAGAUGGUGCUUUGUUUACACUUUCCAGGCACAACCAUAUGCAGUGAUAUUAUUGAACUGCAGUGUAAAUGAAAACAAACUGGUCAAUUGCACGAAGGAAUCUGUUGCUACAAAGGUUUUGAGUCUGUCAAUCAGCCACUCCGAAUUCAUCACAUCCCUUCGCCUCCUGCUGUAAGGCCAGCAGUGUGCAAUUCUACUCAUGCAGCUGAAUAAGAUCUGUUUUAUGCAGUUCAAUAAAACUCAUCCAAAAUUGUCCUUGGCAAUUUCAACAUCACAGUUCCUGGCAUUGAAGGAAGUCUUAGGAGCCGGGAGUUGGAAACUGCAAUGAGGGAGAUGAAUCCUCUUGGAAUUCAUCUUUUCCAUCUUGGCAUCCUCUAGUACAAAGACAUAGGAAAAAUUCAAGAGCUGCUUUUUUGAUUAGUGCAUCCUCAAUGUGUUACUCCGGGAUGAUUCAAUUCUUCAAAUGAAAAAUGCCCUGGACUCCAAUGUGUUAGGCAUUAUCAACGAAAGAACCAAGCUGACUGCUUUUGAGCAGUUUUUACCAAUUUGGAGAGUUUUGAUGCCACUGUAGACAAGGAAGCAGACGGCAGGCUUUCCAAAGCAUUUAGCAUACUCUAGUAAUGUGUGAAGAAUUGUAAACUCAGUGCAAGGACGAAGCUUUCUGUGCAAAGACAUAAUCCUCACCACCCUCCUUUAUGAUGCCCUGUUAGAGGUUCAGCACUGCAGACAUGUACACCAUAAGUGCUUCCAAUAGCACCACCUCUGCAGCACCCUCUCAGGAUCCACUGUGAGGGUUGCACUACAACCAUUGAAGUCUCGGAAACAAGUAACGUCACCAGUGUUCUGCAAGGCCUACUGACUUAGGUGGGUCACAUUACUGGUCUGGAUAACCAUCACCUGCUCAAAAUUGCAUCGUAUGGGGAGCUGACCAAUGAUACCUUCCUAAAACUGUGAUCUACAAAUGAGUGUUGAAAGAGAGAGAGGGAGGUCCAACUGAGACAAGGCUGGAUUCUCAAUGGUUUCGGGAAUGUGAGAUCAAUCUCUGGCUCUUAAUCACACUUAUUCCUGAUGAGACUUCCCAUUAUCUUCUAACCGUUUCCUAUGAAGUCAAUUAUUUAUUUGACCUUCGCUCUCAUUAGACUUUGUUCUCUUAUUUUUAUAACUUCUCACAAACAGAGUGGCACAUUUUACAAUAUGCUUUUUUACUCAUUUAUUCAGGAGAAGAGGACAUGUACUGUCUUGCCCGCAUGUUUGGUACCAUGAGCCUGUCCUAUCAGACUUAGUUGAUGAGCAUUCUCAUUAUAUCAAAUGGUCACUGAUAGGAUUCUGAUUUAGAGGUCAUCUGCUGGGGAAUGUAGUUACUACAACUGGUGCUUGGAACAAAUUACUUUUUAAACAUUGUGGUAAAUUUGCAUAUAACCUAAAAUAUAGAGAUUGCAAAGUAGAUGAUACUUGAUCUGUAGAGAGUGUGUGUAAAAUAUGUGCAUGAUGACAAUCAGUGUAUGAAAGAUGAGGUGUUGUUGAUAAUUAUACUUCAAGGUUUGGUUAAUGCAUAGUCUUAUGGAAUAAAGGUCAAAAAGAAUUGUACUGUAAAGACUAUUACAGAACAAAACUCUGACAAAUAAUAGUGUGAUAGAGCAAAACAUGGUUUAUCUUCUAAAACACUGCAAAUUAAAACUCGACUAAUGUAAAAUAAAUCUAUUGCUCUUUUUUCAAUUUGCAUAAUAAAUCUUUCUACCUUAUCUCUAACAGCCAUAAUGCCAGGUACUUGUUAAAGGUAUGAUGGCGAUGUAGUAGGAUGAGCAGUUGGAACUCGCUCCUUCAAUCUUGAUAUACUGGAAAUUUUCACUGAGAAAUGGUGAUAUACCUUUAACUAAAGAUGGGUUACCAGCUGAGUCGUGAUAUGUUGUGUAUUUUUUUUUUAAUGAGCUAGAAUUAAACAUAAUACUGUUAACUGAUUAACAUGCUUUGAUUAUUUCAUCAAAUAAAUAAACUUAAACUAACCAUGAAAUGUAAAUUUCUCUCCAAAAAGUUGUGAUCUGGGGGGUCAGAGGCUGAGCUGGAGGUUGAAGAGGAUGACACUGACUGACUGACUAUUUCUUGUUGGAGAUGAGUGGAGAGAAAUUUUAAGAAAUGUGGGAACCGGAGUAAUCCCUUGAGACAGUUACGUCAUUCAGUUAGAUUAUGGCUAAUCCAUAUCUGAAUUCUUUCACACUUACUCCCUUUGCCUAACCAAAAAAUGUUAACAAAAUUAGGACUUGGAGGCAGAUUUUGAAUCAUUGCAAGUGUUUUAUUUUGUUUGGUUGCAAGAUUGUUAUAAGCUGAAUGUAACACUCAUGUUUGUUGUGAUUUAUAACUCAAUAAAUUCUUACACUGUAACCCAGUGUACCUGAUUUGUCAGCACAAUGUCUUCCUGUUCACUGAAAUACUCAGGAGUCUACAUUCGGUGUUCAAAGGAGAUGUGAAAUUGAAGCUUUUUGUCUUGCAUUCAUCAAGACUAAAAUACAAGAAGCUAACUUGAGAAAGGGAGUCCAAUUUGUACAGGAAGAGAAGGUGCUAAUAAAUUGUGCCAGCGUUGGUGAAGAGAUGGAACAAGAACAGUUACUCUUAGUUCUCAGACUGUGCAACUGGAAUCUAAUUGGUCAGGGUAUUGCCAUGGGAAUGUAGCAGAGAUGGGUAGAACCAUGACCCGUUUUCCAUCAAAAAAGGUGUAAUAUUCCUUUAGCCUCUUUUAACGCAGGGUCCUCUGUUUUAAUAUAUGUAGCUUCUGGAUAUGCGCAAAUUCAUCACGUUGCAAGUUUGACUGAAAAAUCUUCAAUUACUUUUUGGUGUAAUUC